AUGGUGAAUGCUUUCGUCAAUCACUUUUACGGCGUGGAGUGGGAGGACCCCUUCCGGCUGGUUUUGAUUCCUGACACUGAAAGCAUUAAGCCCAAGGCUCAGAGUCAGACGUCGCGGAUAACAGCCUACACCCUACCCUGGCAAGAGGGAUGUCAGGCAUCCUACAAUCUUACCAUCGUUGACACUCCUGGAUUUGGAGACACGAAGGGACUAAUGGGGGACAAAAGCAUCACGACCCAACUUCAGAAAUUCUUCUCCCAAGGGCAAAAGGGAGGAAUGGAUCACCUCGAUGGAAUUGGAUUCGUGCUUCAGGCAUCCAAUGCCCGGUUGACGCCAACUGAAAAAUAUAUUCUUGACUCGAUUCAAUCUGCUUUCGGGAAGAAUGUUGGCAAUAACAUUUUCCUGAUGAUCACAUUUGCCGACAGUAAGAGCCCCCCUGUUCUCGAAGCUGUGAAGGAAGGAAACAUCCCUUUCGUGGGGUACUUUCGGUUCAAUAAUUCGGCUCUAUUCACACCAAAGAACAACGGAAAAGAUGAAGAUUCACGAUUCGACGCCAUGUUCUGGACACUUGGGGCAAGAAGUUUCUCCACAUUUUUCGCCAAGUUCCAGGAGACUCAGGCUGUAAGUCUCCAAAUGAGCAAAGAUGUUCUGAAAGAGAGACAAGCUCUUGAAGCUACUAUCCAAGGGAUCCAGAACCGAAUUCAGGAGGGUCAGUAUACCAUACAUGUAUUCUCUUAUUUAACAGGUUGA